GAAGAAGAUUUGCUGCUUCAUUCAAAUAGAUAUUCUACCAAGACAUUUUUAUUGAAGUAUAGAAACCUAUAUACUUGAUAGUUUUCAGCAGAUCUCAGUUCUUCUACCUGGCCUCACCUGCUAUGUCCUGUAAAUCUUAUAACACACAUAUAGAGGAAUCAAAUCCAGCAACUGUUUUAACUUUGCUGGGAGAUCUUGCCUCUUCUGUAUCAUCUAACUCUAAUAUUCCCAAGCCACCUCAACUCCCAAGUAAAAUGUACAGGAGGAGUAAACAUCCCAGCAGGCCACCAGAGUGUAGCUUUGUCCUGAAGGAAACAAAGGACAUAUGGGACAAGCUUUUCAAGGAAGGACAUGGUGCGGAUGUUUUUAUUAUCACAGAUGAUCAGUCAUAUCUCUUGGCUCAUUCCUCUGUUUUGAGUGCUGCAUCACCAGUCCUGCAUAAUAUUAUUCAACAAUCAAUAGUUAAGGAUGGUAUGAAACAUAUCAAGAUUCCUGGAGUACAUUAUGAAUCCAUCUAUGUAUUUGUUCGUUUUCUAUACUCAUCCUGCUAUGAAGAGCAAAAGAUGAAAAAGAAUGUUCUCCACCUGUUGGUAUUGUCACAUUGCUACUUGGUUCCUUCACUGAAAAGAGUGUGUAUUCACCUACUGGAGCAGGGCUGGCUGACCCAAGAAAAUGUGAUAGAUGUGCUUCAAUUAGCAAGAAGCUGUGAUGCUCCCAGGCUUUCCUUUAUCUGUGUUCGUAUGGUUGUGAAGGACUUCAGAACUAUAUCUUCAACUGAAGGCUGGAAAGUAAUGAAACAUGCCAAUCCUGCCCUUGAGCAGGAGCUCAUAGAGUCUUUUGUCAAAGCAGAUUCUAGAAAACAAGAGAAGCUUAGGAAAAUGGAAGAGAAAAAGGUUUACUUGGAACUGUAUGAAGCAAUGGAAGCGCUCCUUCACAUAUGCCAGGAAGGGUGUAGAACAAUUGGACCCCGUGACAAGGUGCUGAAAGGAAGUCGUGUUACCUGCAAUUAUCCAGCUUGUAAAGGGCUUGAAGCUUUAGUGCGCCAUUUCUCCAAUUGUAAGACUCGGGUCCCUGGUGGAUGUGUUCAUUGCAAGCGCAUGUGGCAGCUUUUUGAACUGCAUUCUCAAAUGUGCAGUGAGCCUGACUCUUGCAAAGUUCCUCUUUGCAGGCAUUUCAAGGAGAAAAUGCAGCAGCAGAGCCAGAAAGAUGAGGCUAAGUGGAGGCUUUUGGUCAGCAAGGUCGUCAAUGCUAAGAAUGCACUGGGACCAUUCUCAGCUCGUCCCUCCAAGUUCAUUAUGACCAAUUGAGCAUCAUUAUUGUUACUGGAUAUUUCAAAAGAUAAAUGUAGCAUCUUCCUCAUAGGUACUUGGGAAAUUGAAAACAGAAUAAGAGAAUUGACAGUUUCUCAUUCUCAGAGAAACAAACUAUGGAUGUUAUG